GAGGAGGGAGCACGGUGAGGCCUGAGACCCCGGAAUAGGUGUGGGCGAAAAAGGGCUGUCUUUUUUUCACUCAGUUUAUUCACAAGCCGAUGUGAACUGUUUGACAUUUUUGCUAACUGACUAUAACUUGUGUCGACUCGGUCGUGAGUGAAUGCCACUGAAAUCAACUGAAGGAUUAAACAAUCGCAACAGGAGACUGGAAAAUUACCCUUUAUACGAAGCGGAAGACUGGUACCGGGCACGUAAAUGUGAGGCAUUGAAACUUUUCUCUUUGCUUAAAAUUGCACAAGAGUUCUGUUUGCAUGUAUAGGUGAUGAAUUGCACCGAGAGAAUCAAGUUUUGCCGUGUAUUACAGACGUGGAGCGACUUGAUCAGACUGAAAGACUGCUUUAUUUUCUAACCUACAUGAAACCAAUGCGAACAUUGCAAAAACUGACUCCAUAAAUAAUACUUGACCUCAAACAAUCUUAAAAAAAAAUAAUAAUAAUCAACGCAUCAUUUGGGACGUCGCGCUGUUUUCCUGUAACUUUUUGGAUUAGCCUAUUGACCAGCAUUUUGCAUAACGUUAAAAAAUGCUUGUUGCGUACCCAUUACUUAUCAAAAUUGUACGAAGUCACAAAGGACUUAAUAAGUUGAGUCUGGGUUUAUUGCUUGUCCUUGAGUUAGUGACGCUAGCCUCAUCCCAAAAUUGUCCAGUGAAUUGCACGUGUACAUCGACUGUUGUGGAAUGCAUUAACCAGGGUUUUACAGCAGUUCCCGAACAUCUACCGAAAGACGUCAAGGUCCUUUUCUUAAGUGGCAAUAACAUAACCCAACUCUCUGUGGACUCGUUCGCAGACCUUUUGACUCAGCUCACUGACCUGCAUCUGACAGGCAAUAAGAUUGAACAGGUUGAAGCAAACACUUUCACCAAUUUGCCUAGUCUGCGAUUGCUCGACAUAAGUAACAACAGAUUACUCUCCUUCAGUCCGGAAGCCUUGCUUAUCAACAACAGUCUACAGGAGCUCAACCUGAGCAGGUCCCUUUACAAUUACUCCUACAUCAAUGAGAUCUCCAACCUGCUCCAGAACGGGACCCCACAGCUGUCCGUGCUGGACCUGUCCAACAACAAUCUGCUCUAUCUCCCUGAGAACAUCUUCUCCAGCUUGUGGAACCUCAGCAGGCUUGACCUGAGGAACAACUCCCUCGUAUCCAUCAGGAACGGGACCCUGAGGGACCUGCGUCUGCUGAAUCUGGACCUGCGGGAGAACUCGCUGAAGGCGCUGCCCGACAGCACUCUGGCAGAGCUCAGCCAGAAGGGAAUGCAUCUGUGGCUGGGGGACAACCCCUGGAACUGUGACUGCAUUGAGGACCUGGUGCUGUGGCUGAGGAAGGCGGAGCAGGUGAUGGACAGGCAGGAGCUGGUCUGCGCAGAGCCAGAGAGGCUUAGGCAGGUGCGCCUGCUGCAGGUGAACAGGACCGAGCUCCAGUGCGCCUUCUCGAAGGACAUGAAGGGUGUGCUGGAGACAUCUUAUGUCUUCCUGGGCAUGGUGCUGGCACUCAUUGGGGUCAUCUUCCUGUUUGUCCUCUACCUUAACAGGAAGGGGAUCAAGAGGUGGAUGUACAACAUCCGUGAUGCAUGCAGAGACCACAUGGAGGGCUACCACUAUAGAUAUGAGAUCAACUCAGACCCCAGGCUCGCUAACCUCAGCCUCAACUCCGAUGUGUGACAGAGGGACAAGGGAGUGAGCGAGAGAAGGGUGGGGGCUGUUUCACCCCCUGUAUUAACGGCAUGGUGACUUGCUCUAGCUAUGCAUGACGACUUCUUAGUUACAAAGAGACUCCAGCCCCAAGCCUGCCCCCUCCCUGUAGACUCUUGCCUCUGCUGCAAAAUGGGGCUUUAGCUAGCCAGCCCUCUCCAACCACCCCACUGCCCACUGAGGCCGCACCCCCUCUUCCCACCCAUGUGAUGAGCUCUCUACUGAUGUGUUCUGUCAUCUUUUGAUGUUGUGGAAUGCUGCAUGGACCGGCAGGUACAGUGAGCCCUGUACCAGGGCAUUCUGACAGAGACUGACUGAAAAAAGUACUUUUUUCCAUACUGGGCAACUGCAGAGACUGAACAAAUUUAUGUUGUCAUAAUGUGACUGAGAAAUGCCUAUGUGCAUAUAUGCAUAUGCAUAUACAUGUAUACAUAUUUAUAUAUAUAUAUGUAUACUGUAGCGUAGUAUAUAUCCAUGCUGACAGCAGUAAGCAUUUGCCUUGGGAGAUGCCUCAUGUUAUCCCAGAAUUUUUUUUUUUUUUUUUUUUUUUUUUUUUUGCGCAAAUGCAGGGUACAUGUCAUUGUGCUUGUGUAGUGUUUGCUGUUAUCAGAUGAGUGGAUAUCUUUUUUUAUUAUUCUGAUUGAUGAUCAAAAUAGUGCAAAUUUGCCAUCUAUAGAUGGCUGCCAUGGUUAUCCCCCCAUUCUUCCUGAAAUAACUCUGCUUAAUGGGGUUGUUUUAUUGCAGGUUACAGAGGGAGGUGUAGCUGUGAAAUGGAAAUCUACUGUAGCUGUGAGAGUAGGAAAUCUUGCUGCAGAUUUGUUACACACACGCACUCACACACAGAGUUAUCUACUUUGUACACAUACCACUCAUGGUCUAUACAAUUCAUGUGGGCUACAUGCAUACCAGUGUACCACACUCAUGUAGGCACCGUACAAAAUGAAUAAACUACCCUCACUCCAUGUAGAGUACAUGCAGUUAAUGUUACAUUCACUCUAUACAAACCACACACACUACAUACACCACAUGGCCAUUCAUACUACAGAUAGUCAACAUAUGCCAGGUAUGAUUUAUGGACCAAAUUCCGUAUAAACUGUACACGCACACUGGCACUAGGAGGACUCAGUAGACACACUGAAUAUAUUGCACACUAAACACAAAUUCAGGAGACUGCAGUGUUCACUCAUUAGUGAGCAGGAAGUGCUGUGAGAGGAGACAGUCGCUGAGUAUCACUCAACCCCCACAAAACAGCAAUAACCUGGCUGAGGGGGAAAAGACAUAGCGUGAGCACAAUAAUCUUUAUUUGUGACAUAUGGCCAUUAAAUUCAGUUAAAAUGUGCAGUUGGCUAUAUUGUUCACUAUCAAGCUUUUCAAAAUCCUGAAAGUGUAGGAAAGAAGUGGGUGGGGGGUGGGGGUUGGGGGUCUAUGCCUAGAUCAGCAUUCCUGUUUAUGGUGCAGGAUAUGGAAAUCACUUCAACAAAAUUAUCUUUCCUCUGCUUGUAUUUAUUCAUUUAAUCGAGAAUGUAUGCAUGUAUUUUCCCCUGGGCCCUUUGUGCAAUAAUGCCAUAACAUUUCACUUUUUUGCGCUUUUAUGAUUAAAUGCAAAAAUUUUGCAAUAUUAAAAUAUUCUCUUGAGAAUGCAAA